AUGUUGUCCCUCUACCAAUCACUCCUCCUGCUAUCAUGUCUGCCGGCUCUCACCCUGGCGCAUUUCGAACUCAACUUCCCUCCGUCGCGUGGGACCGACGACGAGAACCAGGCCACGUUCCCCUGUGGAGGAUACUCGCAGACGCAGAACCGCACGCGCGUCUCGUUGACCGAGGUCCCCGUGUCCGUGAAGCUGGGACACACCGAGAACCUGUUCCAGGUCACGCUGGCCAUCGGCGACGACGUCGGCAGCUCGUUCAACUACGACCUCCUCCCGACCAUCCAGGAAUUCGGACCCGGGGAUUUCUGCCUGUCGAGCAUCCCCGUCCCCGCCGACUUGAACAUCACCGACGGCACCAACGCGACCAUCCAGGUCAUCACGAACAGUCAUGACGGGAGUGGUCUUUACAAUUGCGCCGAUAUAACUUUCACCGCGACAGAUCCCGAGACUCCGUCGUCGUGCACGAACGGAACCGGAAUCAGCGCCACCCCGCUCUCGGCGAACGCCUACACCAACGCCAACGAGUCCAGUGGCCACGAAGACGGACAUGGACACGGGUCGAGCGCGUCCGGGACGGCCAGCGGCAGCAGCAGCAGCAGCAGCAGCUCAGCAAGCGCCACCGCCGCUCCGUCCGGGUCAAGUGACAACAACGGCGCUUCCAUGAUGACUGUCGGAUGGGGUGUUUUGGGAGCCGCGGUCCUGGCCGGUGUAGCCGUUCUGUGA